CCAACUUUGACCCUUGUCCUUGAGUUUAGGAGAAGCAGGACUGUCGCUAGGUCCUACCUUCUGAUGCCUUGUUUUCUCAAGAAGAAAACGGAAUGUUGCAUCGCCUCAGAUUGUCUUUUAGUUUGUCUUUGAAGCAUAAGAGUGUCUUUUUUAUUGCAUGAUAUAUUUUUGUACUCUAAAAUACAAAGUAUUACCCUACCACGUAAGAGUCAACAGAGAACAAUAAUCUUUCUUUUUCAGAUCAUAAGGAUUGUAAACUGAAGGGACGAAAGAAUUAUCCAUGUCAAUGUGUUAGCUCCUAUCAGACUCAGGGCGAUAAUCAUUGUGUUCAAUGCUGCAUCUAUAUUCUUUGUUCUAAAAACCUUCGUUCAAAGAGAAGGAACCACCAUCAUGGUGAUUAUACAGAACAGCGGCAGGAUGAUAAUGAUGAUAAUCAACACAUGAAUGAUAUUUGUUCACAAUGUAACAUCAGUAUUAAAUUUAAAAAAAAUCAAUGCAGUGAGAUCUGGCCCGCAAAGGUUGGGAAUUGGAACGAAAAUGAAAUACAAAAAAUUUUAAAUACCUAUUCGGGAAAGGAAUCAACAACCAAGAAUCUAAUACCAGAAACCCAUACCCUAACAUUGGUUGCAUCUUUGUCCACAGUUUUGGUAUUAGCGAUCAUAUUUAUUCUCUUCUUAAUUUUAUGGAUAUCAUUUAGACGAAAACGAAACUCAACUCCAGAUAAUAACUUCGCCAGUUCUAAUGUUCAAAAUGUAAAUGAGAACAAUCAUCCGUAUGAAGAAAUUGAUGAAAAUGUGACAACUACUUCCUUCUGCAAUUAUAAUAUAUUGGAUAAAAGCACUACAACAAUAAACACAAGAAACAUUAGCGAAGAAACAUAUGAAGACCUAACAGAAAGAUCUUCUCCAGGAUAUGAUAAACUAGUUUUUAACGAACUACACCAAGUAAACAAUGAGAACAGAAAUAACAGUUAUCAUGUCGUUGAAAAAUGAAAUCUACUGGUGAUAAACGAUACGUUUUAUAACUUAUUAAUUAAUCAAAAUCUGAUGCUAGUAACAAUCUGCUACUGUUCGAUGGUUUUCAAUAUAUCACGUGAUACUUUUAUUGGAGUUAUCUCACUUCCUUUUUGUUUUUAGAUUUUAAAAAUGUAAGAUUUCUUCCCUGAAGACAGGGGAAAUUGAUUCCAUCGUCAGAUGAGACGAGCCCCCGUCUUCAGGGAAGAAAUCUUAUAUUUGAGGUGUUGACAGAAGGGAGAUUAAAGAUUGAAUUACGAUGGAAUCCGGCGAUGAAAUCAAUUUACAACCAUUAUAUUCGACCACGGAGCUCCCAGAAACAGCUGUUGGAUUUGUAACACUUUUCUUAAACCCUUUAAUUCUUGAUAUCAUUUCUAUUCUGUAUAAAUCGGGCCUUUUUUUAUGUAAAUAUAUAUAUAUAUAUAUAUACCUUUUUUGUAUUUAAUAUAUUAAAUAUUCUUUGUAUAUCGA